AUGUCUUACAAACAAAUUCUCUACAACAAGGCUCCUGAGCCGGCCAUCGAUCCCACCCUCAACUCAGGCACCUUUCGCCUGCACAUCGUCCCCCGUCCCAAUGUCCCCGCAGACAAACUCUUCGUCCGCGUCCAUUACCUCUCCCUCGACCCAGCAAUGCGCCAAUGGCUAACCGCCAAACGCUCCUACAUCGCCCCUGUCGAACUCGGCGCCGUAAUGCGCGGCCAAAGCAUUGCCCAAAUCAUCGAAGUAGGAAGCGGCCUAUCCUCGAAAUUCCAACCCGGCGAAUGGGUCGUCGCCUACUCGGGCUGGCAGGAAUACGCCCUGAUGGGCGCAAAGGAAGUGGAGAAAGUCACCCUCCCCUCCGGCGGACGGCCUACCGAUGCAAUGUCCGUUCUCGGCAUGACCGGGUUAACGGCGUAUUUCGGUAUGCUGGAGGUUGGACAGCCGAAAGCUGGCGAGACGGUUGUGGUUUCUGGUGCGGCGGGUGCGACGGGGAGUAUCGCGGGACAGAUUGCUAAGAUCAAGGGUGCGAAGAGGGUUGUUGGAUUAGCGGGGAGUGAGGAGAAAUGCAAGUUUCUUGUUGAAGAGCUUGGGUUUGAUGCUGCGAUUAAUUAUAAGGAUCCGCAGUGGAAGCGGCAAUUGAAGGAGGCUACGCCAGAGUAUAUUGAUGUAUUUUUCGAUAAUACUGGUGGUGAGAUCUUGGAUGCCUGUCUUGCGAGAGCGGCGCGUGAUUCGCGGUUUGUCAUCUGUGGUGCGAUCAGUCAGUAUAAUGCUGCUAAGCCGCAGGGGCCGACGAGCUUUAUGAAUGUUAUUUCACAACGGGUCACGGUCAAGGGAUUCAUUGUUUUUGACUAUGCUAAGAAGUAUGGGGCUGCGUUACAGGAGCUAGCCUCAUGGCUUUCGCAGGGGAAGCUGAAGCGCAAGGAACAUAUUGUGCAAGGUGGAUUGGAGGGAGCGCCUAAGGCUCUUGUUGAUCUAUAUGCUGGUGUGAAUACCGGAAAGAUGAUGGUCGAGGUUGCUCCCGUUAGCGAAGCACUGGGACCAAAGGCCAAGUUGUAG